UCACCAGAAGAUUUUAAUGGACACCCGCCUCCUCUGAAAACGCCCACCCCCCCUCUCCCCCAAUUCUUUCUCUCUCUUUUCAAGACUGAGCAGUGUAGGGUCGUCAACUGUCUCUAGAGCCAUUUGUUUCCUCUGUGUUUGCUUGGAACAAACUCCCAAAAGAAAGAGCAGAGGAGAACCAUCUCUGGUGAUGCAUUUGUAAUUUACUCACCACAUUUUAGCUGCCUCUGUUUCCCAGAUCUGCUCACAAACCGUUUUAUUUAUUUAUUUCCAUUCUUGUGUCCUUCUGCUUGUUCCAUUUGAGUUGAAGCUAUGAGUAAAGAAGAUUUUGUGAAGAUCCAGAAAUCUGUUCUCAAAGUGAACAUCCAUUGUGAUGGAUGUAAGCAGAAAGUGAAGAAAAUAUUGCAAAAAAUUGAUGGCGUUUACACCACCGACAUAGAUUCAGAGCAGGGGAAGGUGACAGUCACCGGAAAUGUAGAUCCAGCAGUUCUCAUGAGGAAGCUUGCAAAGUCAGGAAAACAUGCAGAGCUCUGGGGCAAUCCAAAGGCCAACAGCAACAAUAACCAAAACCUCCAGGCGAAUCAAUUCAAGAACUUGCAAGUUGAGAAUGGCAAAGGUGGGAACAACAAAGGUCAGAAGGGUGGUAACAACCAGCCCAAAGGAGGACAACAGAACCAGCAACAGCAGCAACAACAACAUCUUCAGCAGCUUCAGCAACUUCAACAACUUCAGCAGAUGAAAGAUUUCCAAGCCCCUAAGCUGCCCCAAUUCAAGGACAUGAAAAUGCCUACCAAGGACCAGAACGCAAACCAAAAGGCGGUGAGGUUCGACUUGCCAGAGGAUGAUGAUGAGUUUGAUGAUGAGCUUGACGAUCUCGAUGAUGAGGAUUAUGAUGAUGAAGACUUUGAGGAUGACAUGGAUGCUGCAGCAUCCCCCAAUAAGAUGAAAACUAUGACGGGUAAUGGUCAGGGGCCUAACAUGAUGAUGUUGAAUGGUAUGAUGAAUAGAAAUAACCCACAGCUCAUGAAUGCCCAGAAGGGUGGUAAUGGUGGGGGUAAUGCGAAAAAAGGUGGCGGCGGCGGUGGAGCUGUGCCCAUUCAGGUGAAUGGCAUCGGUGGAGGAAACACUGAUGGAAAAAAUAGUAACGGAGGAAAGAAAGGCGGCGGAGGUGGAGGUGGAGGCGGAGGUAAUAAUCAGAAUCAAGCUGGCGGUGGGGGUGGCAAAAAUGGUGGUAAGAAUGGCGGUGGCUUACCCUCGGAUACCAAAAAUGGCAACAGUGGCGGUGGGGCAAACAACAAGAAUGGCCACAAUGCUGCUAAUGGAAACAACAAUAAUGUCAAUGGGGGUAAAAAGAACGUUGGGAUGAAUGUGAACGAUGUGGUUCAAGCUAUGAACAAUAAUGGGAUGCACAGCAUGGGUGGUCCUCCGGCAGGAGCUAACGUGGGUCAUAUGCGCAGUAUGAACAUGCCCAUGGGCCAAAUGGGCAACAAGCCAAUGGGCCAAAUGGGCAACAUACCCAUGGGCCAAAUGGCCGGCAACAUGCCACCUAUGGGCCAGAUGGGUAACAUCCCAGCUGUCCAAGGCCUUCCGGCGACUUCCAUGAACGGCCUCGGCGGCGGAUAUUUCCAGGGUGCAGGGCCGGAGAUGAUGCCUGGCAACCCAUAUAAUAACCACCAGCAGCAGUACUUGGCAGCAGUGAUGAACCAGCGGGCCGCGAUGGGGAACGAAAGGUUCCAUCCCAUGAUGUAUGCGAGGCCCCCUCCGGAGGUCAAUUACAUGCCACCACCGGCAUACCCUUACCCCUACCCACCUCAGCCUGACACCUACUCCCACUUCUUUAGCGACGAGAACACCUCAAGUUGUAAUGUGAUGUGAAAACUUUCACUGCUGUGGAUUGACAUAUUUGCUAAAGUUACUGGUGGAAGGGGUGGUAAUCAUGGCGGUUCAGUUUAUAUAGUUGCGAGGACAUCAACUUCUUAUGCUUA